AAAGUGCAUAGAAGUGCAGCACAAUGCGCGUAUACGGUGGUAAAAUGCAACGUGUACAUCCUUGUUUAUGAUAAACGAGAAUAAUUAGGUGGUAUAAUAUAGGACGCGUGAGAAAAUGUCAAUCUGACUUACUCUACUGCUGUAAAAUAUAGUUGUUGAGUCACUAAUUAAUACAAAUAAUAUUGUUGAUAAUAUGGAUUUGCCAGUGAAUGAGGGAAAUAUACAGCAAAUACUGAAUAAACUCUCUGAUGAUGAGGUUUCCAUAAAAAAAAAUCUAGAUGCAAUCCUUGCUCGACGAUGUCACGUUGAAGCAAAGCUCCAGAAUAUUGGCAAAGUAUUGCCAAAUGUAAUAAUAAUACAUACUGAAGGGGAGAAAUUUCGUGACAUGAUUGCUCGUACCAAUGAGCUAGCAGAGAAUGUUAGUGCCAAAGUAAGGCAGCUAGAUUUAGCAAGAAGCAGAGUGUGCGAGUGCCAAAGUAGAGUAAAUGAUAUAUUAGAUUUGCAAUUAUGUAGUGAAGGAGUGGCGACGGCACUACGGAAUGAAGAUUAUGAACAGGGUGCUGCUCAUGUCCAUCGUUACUUAUCAAUGGACCAACAGUUGUUGGAAAGAACAGCCGAAGAUGUAUCAGGAGAUCAUACUAGCAUCAGCAGUUCUCUGGUUACCUUGCAGCAAGCUGCUAUGGAAUUGAGAGCUGUCGUCACUCAUAAGUUCGAUGAGGCUGUGAAAUCUGAGGAUUUGGCAUCUGUCGAGAGAUUUUUCAAGAUAUUUCCACUACUGGGCAUGCACUUAGAAGGACUCAAGAAAUUUUGCAGUUACUUGUGUACCAAACUGCACGAGACUGCCCAGAAGAAUCUACAAAUGGCAUUGGAGAUUAAAAGUAACGAUAAGAGAGCGGCUGUUAUUUUCGCCGACACUAUGACUCUCUUAUUCGAAGGAAUUGCACGUAUUGUAGAGGUGCAUCAGCCGAUAAUCGAAACUUAUUAUGGCCCUGGUAGACUUCUAAUGACAAUCUCGAUUUUGCAGAAGGAGUGUGAUAGACAGGUCAAGAAGAUUGUCACGGUAUUCACGAAGCAGAGGUGUAUAUCUAAGAAUGUGCAAACGAUAAACGAUUACUUGCGGAAGCCGAAUCCCGAGAGGAUCGAUCCCAAAGAGCUCGAUCUCCUUCUGGGCGAAAUUACAAUAAUGCAUUCGAGAGCAGAACUUUACAUACGUUUCCUGAGAAGGAGAGUGAAGAACGACAUCGAGAUCAGUACGACCGACGAGACGCAGCGCACAGACUUGCUGAAUGAAUUCGAGACGAUCGUGAACAACUCCGAGUUGGCGCACGGGAUGCAGGAGUUGCUCGGCGCUUAUCUCGCGUUAGAGAGAUACUUCCUCGAGGAGAGCGUGAACAAGGCGCUGGGAAUGGACGCGUUGGAUCCUGACCAGCAAACUUCCAGCAUGGUGGACGACGUGUUCUUCAUAGUGCAGAAGUGCGUGCGACGCGCUAUGUCCAGCUGGAGCAUAGACGGCGUUUGCGCCGUCGUCAACAUGGCAUGCGGUAUCCUAGAGGGCGAUUUCGCGAACCGCUUGAGAAACAGACUGCGCCAAGGUUACCCGGCAGGCUACUUGGACCUCGCGCAGGCAUACAGCGCUCUUCAGACGAGCAUACAGCACGGCCGUUUGCAAACAUCGGAUACGGAAUAUGCUCGUCUCAUGUUCUUGGCGUACUUAAAUAACACCGACGUGAGCACGGAGUACGUCGAGACACUGUGCAAGAGCCUCGGCGCGGAGAUAGACGCGACGUUUCCCAACAUGCAGAAGAAGGAUAGGGGCAAAAUCGACAGCUGCUUGUCCAGCCUGAAAGGAGUCAUAUUGAUCCUACGAGGUGUCAUCGAUUACGGCUUGGAGCAGCUACGAGUCAGCGCCGUGAAACCCAGAGUCACCCCGUGGGUCGACGCGUUUCUCUCCAUUGAUCAUCAUAUCAAUGAGGACGAAUUGUUGAGAUACGAAACGGACGAGCCGUUCGUGCAAACGUUAGUCAUGAAUCUGGAGGGUCUGCUUCAAGGAUUCAAGGGUAGCCUCACCACCUCCAAUUACGACGCGCUCAUCGGCCUGCUGACCGCGGAAGUUACGGCCCGCUUGGAGAAAGUGGUCUUAAAGUCGACCUUCAAUCGAGCAGGAGGUCUGAUAUUGGACAAGGAAAUAAGAUCGUUAGCCAGCUACUUGGCUGCUGCUACUUCGUGGUCGGUGAGGGAUAAGUUUGCGCGUUUAACACAGAUCGCUACUAUUCUGAGUAUAGAGAAGGUGGAGGAGCUCGCGGACUACUGUGGUGCAGAUGCGAUAGCGUGGCGGCUAACGCCGUCGGAAGUCCGACGUAUCGCCUCUCUGAGAAUAGAUUUCAGGCCGGAGGAUAUCAAAAGACUGAAGCUAUAAUUAUAUUUCGCCUCCUCACAAAGUCGGGCGUCAUCAUUCUGUUUGUGCAAUUAAUCUUUGCAAAUUGCAGUUCACAUGUACAUGUGCAUAAAAUUGAGCGUAUAAUAAAUUAUUUACUAUGAUAGGGACAAAAAUGCCUAAU